UCCCAGGACCCAGUUCAGCAGACGACUCAGGGUCCUGUGGACAGCUCACCAGCUAUGAUGGCUGCAGGCCCCCGGACCUCCCUGCUCCUGGCUUUCGCCCUGCUCUGCCUGCCCUGGACUCAGGAGGUGGGCGCCUUCCCGGCCAUGUCCUUGUCCGGCCUGUUUGCCAAUGCCGUGCUCCGGGCCCAACACCUGCAUCAGCUGGCUGCUGACACCUUCAAAGAGUUUGAGCGCACCUAUAUCCCGGAGGGACAGAGAUACUCCAUCCAGAACACCCAGGUUGCCUUCUGCUUCUCUGAAACCAUCCCGGCCCCCACGGGCAAGAACGAGGCCCAGCAGAAAUCAGACUUGGAGCUGCUUCGCAUCUCGCUGCUCCUCAUCCAGUCGUGGCUCGGGCCCCUGCAGUUCCUCAGCAGAGUCUUCACCAACAGUCUGGUGUUUGGCACCUCGGACCGCGUCUAUGAGAAGCUGAAGGACCUGGAGGAGGGCAUCCUGGCCCUGAUGCGGGAGCUGGAAGAUGGCACCCCCCGGGCUGGGCAGAUCCUCAAGCAGACCUAUGACAAAUUUGACACGAACAUGCGCAGUGACGACGCGCUGCUCAAGAACUAUGGUCUGCUCUCCUGCUUCCGGAAGGACCUGCACAAGACGGAGACGUACCUGCGGGUCAUGAAGUGUCGCCGCUUCGGGGAGGCCAGCUGCGCCUUCUAGUUGCCAGCCAUCUGUUGUUUGUUACCCCUCCCCCAUGCCUUCCUAGACCCUGGAAGGUGCCACUCCAGUGCCCACUGUCCUUCCCUAAUAAAAUGAGGUUGCAUC